CGGAGGUGCUUGGCAACAGUGAUAAUCAAAGCCAUAUCGGUAGUUAGGCUCAGAGCCGGACUCUCUAAAAGGCUAUGUUUAGGCUUACUUCAGAAAGUCAAUGUACAGGAUCUGACGCGUUGCCAGGAUCUUAUUUCCUAGUUGUUCGUCCCUUUGAGGGGCCAGCCGUGGGCUAGGGGGGCCAGCUACGCACACAGCACAGGGAGAGAAGGAAACACUACAAAGAGCCACAUGUUGGAGCCACAAGCCUCUUCCCCCAGCCCCAGCCUGCCUCCCUCUUCAGCCUCAGCAAGCUGACCACGUCAGGAGCUGCUGUGGAGGAGCGUGAAGACAACCACGGGACUUUCUUGUUGUUGUGAAAGGCAACCGGUGACGGUGAGGCCACAGGGGAGAAACUUCACUUCACUCCUCUUCACUUCCCCAGACCGCUGGAAAGCCCAGCAAGAGGCCCCGCCCCACCCAUCCGACCGCGUCUGACGACAGGCCGCCGUGGAGAGAGAGAGACGCCUCUGGACACAAACACUAGCGUGACAUCGUCGAGAGCGGCAGAGCAGCAGAGAGGAAGAAGGAGGACGCCGCAGAGAAGAGGAAGGAGAAGUUAAAAACCAAGAGAAGGAGCGGGGGGUUGGCCGAGAGGAUGGAGGUGCUGCUGAACCACCCUUGUGCGGUGGUGCUGGUGUGCGCCCUGCUGUUCAGGGUGGCGCACCGCCUGCUGCAGAACCUGCCGGUGCCCAAGGUGGUGCGCGGGGAAGAGUUCCGCGCCUGGAAGUGGAAGAACCUGUCGGUGUCCCUGGUGCACUCCCUGCUCACUGGUGCCUGGGCCCUGAGCUGUGUGCUGAUAUAUCCAGAGACGGUGCACAACCUGCACUCCUACUUCGUCCCGGUGUCGUACCUACUCGUAUGUGUCUCAACAGGGUACUUUGUACAGGAUGCAGGUGACAUCAUUCUUACCGGUCAUGCUAGAGGAUCAUGGGAGUUCCUAGUUCAUCACACACUGGUCAUCUGGUGUUUCGGGUACGCCCUCGUCACCAAGCUCUACGUGUCGGGCGCGGUGGUGGCGCUCUUCGUGGAGGUCAACAGCGUCACCCUACACUUGAGGCUGAUGCUGAAGCUAGCCGAACAGAUGUCCUCGCCGGCCUUCCAGGUCAACAAAAUGCUCAACCUCUUCACCUACGUGUUCUUCCGGCUGAGCGCCCAGGGCUACCUGACCUGGUACAUCGUGUACAACUACUCGUGGUUGGACCGCUCCAGCUUCUUCCUGGCCGCCAUGGUGUUGAUGAACGGCAUGAUCCUGGUCUACUUUUACCGGCUGCUGCGCGCCGACUUUUGCCCACGCCCCAAACGCACGGGCACGCAAAACGGGACACACAAACCCGCCCCAAUGACUCAGAAGUUCCUCACCGACUGAUCGGGCCAGGGAGGGGGAUGUUUUCCUGCUGUAUUUCUG